CUUGGAAAACUCUGUAACCUGCAGUCUUAUCAACCUGGCUAUACUGCUCCACCACCGCUUUCUCCUUCUGAAGAUAUUGCCAUCGACAUCAGUGAGGGCUGGACAGUGGCUGGUACUCAGCUUGACUUGCAUGAUCCACGGCUUCUUGCGAUGGCAGCUGCAGACCGCCAUCUCUUGGAGGCUGACUAUGACGAGUACGCUGAUUCAAGUGCUAGUGGAGCUGCAUUUUGUCGUUCUGCUGCUCUAAUUUUAAUGGCCCUUCUAUUAUUGAGGCAUGCUGUGACCAUCGGAAAUGAUGAUGGAGAUGAUGACGAUGUCUCCACCUUUUUCUCUCUUUUUUUGCUCCGUGCUGCUGGUUUUCUUCUACCUUGCUACAUCAUGGCUUGGGCUAUCAGUAUCAUGCAGCGUCGAAGGCAAAGACAGGAGGCAACAGCACUAGCAGCAGCAGAAGUUGCUUUCAUGCUGCAGGCAGGGCAACAUAGGGGCUUGCAUGUAACAAUAGCACCAGGACCUGCACAGGCAGCUGAACCUUCAGCAACACCAGCACACCCAACAACUCAUGUUGCAACACCAACCGCCCAGGCGACACCCCCUCCUCCAGAGCUAGUAUAAAUGGCUUUGCUCAGUUUGCUUGUUAUAAAAUAGUUGCCGAUAGGGGCAUUUUACUGUUGGUAAGUUGCACAAGACGGGGAUGAGUAGAAGGGUAGAGGAGUAUCUUUUCCCUUUUUGCUUUUUCGAUUUAUUAGCUGUAUCUUUGCAUUGCCAAAUUUGGAGUGCAGAGGCUGAAACUAUUUCCAUUUGUUCAAUUUUUCAUUAAUGUUUGAACGUGUAAAAAAUAUAGCAGCCAACUUAGCUGCUUUCAAUGUGGAGAUACCAUAUCUUCACAUCGUGUACAUUGUUUAUAUAUUACCAUUAUGGUUUACUCUUCCUCCCGCUUAA